AUGGAUGUAAAAAAUACUUUUGUUCAUGGAGAACUAGAAGAAGAGGUAUAUAUGCAACCUCCUCCUGGUUUACCUCAUGCUCCAAAUCAGGUGUGUAAACUUCGUAAAGAUAUUUAUGGACUUAAACAAGCACCCCGUGCAUGGUUUGAGAAGUUUAGCAGUGCAAUUCUGGAAUAUGGUUUUACACAAAGCUUUUAUGACUCUUCAAUGUUUACUCGAUCAUCGUCUAAAGGGAUAGUAAUCCUUCUUCUAUAUGUGGAUGACAUGGUUAUCACUGGCAGUGAUCUUGAAGGAAUUAAUAAUCUCCAAACAUAUCUCAGUUUUUGUUUUCAGAUGAAAGAUCUUGGUUUCUUAAGUUACUUUCUGGGGAUUGAAGUGAGCAAAUUCAACAAUGGAUACUUUGUAUCUCAGGUUAAGUAUGCAUGUGAAAUCAUUCAACGUGCAGGCAUCACAGACACUAAGGUUGUAGAUACUCCUCUUGAAGUCAAUGUGAGACAUAGUCCAACAGAUGGAACUCUAUUAUCCAAUCCAACAUUGUAUCGGCAACUGCUAGGAAGUCUCAACUACUUGACUAUUACUAGACCUGAUAUUAGUCAUGCAGUACAUAGAGUAAGUCAAUUUAUGUAUGCUCAUCGCUCUACUCAUUAUGCUAUUUUUUUACGAAUUCUACGCUACUUAAAAGGGAAUUUAUAUAAAGGUCUUCAGUUUUCUUCUAAGUCUGAUCUCACCCUAAGAGGUUAUUCAGAUUCUGACUGGGCAGGAGAUGUCACUGAUCGACGCUCAUUUACAGGAUAUUGUGUGUUUUUGGGAGAUUCUCUCAUAUCUUGGAGGAGUAAGAAACAAUCUAUAGUUUUUCGUUCUAGUGCUGAAGCAGAAUAUCGAGCUCUUGCUCAUACCACGUCUGAAAUUAUAUGGUUACGGUGGCUUCUUACUGACAUGGGAAUUUAUCUUCGUAAACCUACACCACUGUUUUUUGAUAACAAGGUUGUUAUACAGAUUACUCACAUUGAUGUUUUUCAUGAAAGAACUAAGUAUAUAGAGAUUGACUGUCACUUCACAAGGCAUCAUUUCAAGCAUGGUACAAUUACUCUUCCUCAUGUGAAGUCUGAGUUACAAAUUGCUGAUCUUUUCACCAAGUCACAUCCUGCACCUCGUCUAUAA